AUGUUGCGCAUUGGACAUUUCGAACAUGAAAUCUAUCCCGUCUUAGAAGUCACGGGACCGGAUACCCAAUUCGGGUUUUGGAACAGUGCGGCUACAUUGUACCCUAAUACCGACCGUCCCAACUUUUCGGUUCCAGGAUCCUUCAUCGCUAAUUUUCCAGUCGAAGAAUCUGCUGAGAAUGGAUACUUCACAGGCAUGAACAUGAAUGAUGUUGAACUGGAUUUCUUCAACGGAUUCCCAAGCGUUGAUUAUACCGAUGCCAUCGCCCCCAAUCAACCGGCCGUUAUGCUUAGCCCGGCCAUAUACCCACCACCCUUCAUUAAUCUAGACAAUAAUUCCUAUGUACCUGCCCAAGUACCAAUUCAACAGCCCGUUCUUCCAUCGGGACAACAAGGCCCCCAACGUACUACCUAUACGCUCUGUCCACGUACUUUCUCUCGUCGAUCUGAUCUUCCACGCCACAUGGCAUCUGUUCACGGAGUAGGACGUCACGCUCAUCAGUGUCCCAGACCCGGCUGUGGAAAGAUUUACAGUAGAAGUGACAAGGUUUUGGAGCAUAGAAGGCAGGACAUUAGUUGGUGA